AUGGCUUGGCAUCUCAGCCUCACCUUCGACGUGCCUCGAAUGCAUCUUGCACCCUACUUUGUACAUGGGGAAAGCAUCAGUCACUUUGGCUAUUUCAACGAUUUGCAUAAGAUAUCUUUACUCGAAGGACCUCCGUCCCGAAGAUUUGAUACCAACGCCACUAUGAAUGACGCCUCUCGGAUAUGGAAACCCCUCGACACGUCGCGGCGAGAGAUCAAGCUGGAGAUCAGGCUGCUGAUUCUGGCGCCUGACAGAGAUCGACAUGCGGGCCCUCGCGGAAAACUCAUAACGGUGUCAUUGGAACAGCAAUUGUUCUAUGAAGCUAUAUCCCAUGCGUGGAGCGGCCUGUCUGAGCCUAAUAAUAUCCACAUCAACAAUACCGAAUGGCCGAUCACAACUGAGGUCUUGAUGGCUCUGCAACAGUUGUGA